AUGGGUCAUCAGGCUAGUUCCCCGAAAGGCGGCGAUACCAGCGGAUAUAGACCAACACCCAGCUCGCAGACUGCGAUCAAAUACAAGAAACCUUACAUACCACAAUCUUCGCAGGCGACAAGAUUCACUUGCUUCCCAAAGCUUAUCCCGGAACUCCGUAUUUAUAUUUGGGAGAUCGCCUGCUUCACGACCAGAAUCGUCGAGUUGCAUGUCACUCCCGCUGGCAUAGACGAAGAAAAUGCGGAGACCCUGAAAGAUGAUUAUGGCUGCCCAUCGCCUGCAUACCGCGUCCAUACAAGAAUGCCGCCUCUUCUCACCUUGUGCAAAGAAUCUCACCAAGUGCUUUCCAAAUAUUACACUCAGCCUUUGGGACACCCUAAAGAUGCCAAAAAGAAAUUAGUGAGGCUGCAAAACUCAUCAAUGGAUAUUGAGCUUUUCGGUCGAAUUGACAUCAACUGGGCUUCUGAUAUCCUUUUAUUGCCGCACCUAAAUCAUCUUAAGUCGCGUGGAGUACCCAUGAAAAUAGUCUUGAUGCUAAUAAAACUACUUGCAACGAGUUCUGAAAAGAACUUUCGACUAGCAUUAGAGAUUGCCGGACAUCCCACAGAACUUUAUUCUCGAAGCUACUGGGAAGGAUAUGUUGCAAUUACUCUGAGCAACUCCAUGCAAGGCCGGCUCAAUUCUGCUCGCCACAUCGAGUUGUUCUUCGUCCCUGUGAACAAUAAUCAUGAGAACGCAGAUCGCUGCUUACGCCUUGGAAAUGGCGCGGAAGAACUUUUCCAUUUUCGCGUAUUGGCUUUACGGGGCGAACUCGAUCAAAUUUAUCCUUACAUAGCUGAAUCAUCGGCCAGUGUUCAUGAGAUGCGGGUGGGUCUAAGUCUAAGAGGCUGUGCUAUUACAUUUGAGCGCCAGGAAACCCCUGAAAAGCCAACAAUCAGCAUAACUGGUCUGGAGAUUGCGCUGCCGAGGGAAAGCUUUCCGGGAGAUGAUGGAUUCGCAGUUGAGAGUGGAUAG